UCCUCCCUCACUGCCCAGGAGACCGGCUAAUUUCCACGCGAAGGGCGCCGCCGCUGACGCCACCACUCCGCGACCUCUUUCGGGACCUGCGUUCGGAGUGGGCGGGUCGGCGCAGGCGCAUUUUGGUGAGCGAGCCGAAGCGCGGGAAGCGGCUGUAGAGGAUACUGAGUCGCGGAGGCUUGGUCAACCUGGUAGAUAAAGGAAAAGAUGCCCGCCACACGGAAGCCAAUGAGAUAUGGACAUACAGAGGGACACACGGAGGUCUGUUUUGAUGAUUCUGGGAGCUUUAUUGUGACUUGUGGAAGUGAUGGUGAUGUGAGGAUUUGGGAAGACUUGGAUGAUGAUGAUCCUAAGUUCAUUAAUGUUGGAGAAAAGGCAUAUUCAUGUGCUUUGAAGAAUGGAAAAUUGGUAACUGCAGUUUCUAAUAAUACUAUUCAAGUCCACACAUUUCCCGAAGGAGUUCCAGAUGGUAUAUUGACUCGCUUCACUACAAAUGCAAACCAUGUGGUCUUUAGUGGGGAUGGUACUAAAAUUGCUGCUGGAUCUAGUGAUUUUCUAGUCAAAAUUGUGGAUGUGAUGGAUAGCAGCCAACAGAAAACAUUUCGAGGACAUGAUGCCCCUGUUUUAAGUCUUUCCUUUGAUCCUAAGGACAUCUUUCUGGCAUCAGCUAGUUGUGAUGGAUCUGUCAGAGUGUGGCAAAUUUCAGAUCAGACAUGUGCUGUUAGUUGGCCACUGCUACAAAAAUGCAACGAUGUGAUAAAUGCAAAAUCAAUCUGCAGACUUGCUUGGCAGCCAAAAAGUGGGAAGUUACUGGCAAUUCCUGUGGAAAAAUCUGUUAAGCUAUAUAGAAGAGAAACUUGGAGUCAUCAAUUUGAUCUUUCGGAUAAUUUCAUCUCUCAGACCCUCAAUAUUGUAACCUGGUCUCCCUGUGGGCGAUAUUUAGCUGCAGGUAGUAUUAAUGGUCUAAUUAUAGUUUGGAAUGUGGAAACCAAAGACUGCAUGGAAAGGGUGAAACAUGAGAAAGGUUAUGCGAUUUGUGGUCUGGCAUGGCAUCCUGCUCGUGGUCAAAUAUCUUAUACUGAUGCAGAAGGAAAUCUAGGGCUUCUAGAGAAUGUCUGUGACUCCAGUGGAAAGACAUCAAGCAGUAAGGUAUCUAGCAGAGUGGAAAAGGAUUACAAUGAUCUUUUUGAUGGAGAUGAUACGAGUAAUGCUGGUGAUUUUCUAAAUGACAAUGCAGUCGAGAUCCCUUCUUUUUCAAAAGGGAUUGUGAAUGAUGAUGAGGAUGAUGACGACCUCAUGAUGGCUUCAGGUCGUCCUAGACAGCGAAGUCACAUCCUAGAAGAUGAUGAAAACUCAUUUGAUAUUUCAAUGCUAAAAACUGGUUCUAGUCUUCGCAAAGAGGAGGAGGAAGAUGAUCAGGAAGGAAGCAUUCACAAUCUACCACUUGUAACAUCCCAGAGGCCAUUUUAUGAUGGACCCAUGCCAACUCCCCAGCAAAAGCCAUUUCAGUCAGGUUCUACACCCUUGCAUCUCACUCACAGAUUCAUGGUGUGGAACUCUAUUGGAAUUAUUCGCUGCUAUAAUGAUGAGCAAGACAAUGCCAUAGAUGUGGAGUUCCAUGAUACCUCCAUACACCAUGCAACACACUUAUCAAACACUCUGAAUUAUACAAUAGCAGAUCUUUCCCAUGAAGCUAUUUUGUUGGCAUGUGAAAGCACUGAUGAGCUAGCAAGCAAGCUUCACUGCCUGCACUUUAGUUCUUGGGAUUCCAGCAAAGAGUGGAUGAUAGACAUGCCUCAGAAUGAGGAUAUUGAAGCCAUAUGUGUUGGUCAGGGAUGGACUGCUGCUGCUACUAGUGCCCUGCUUCUUCGAUUGUUUACUAUUGGAGGGGUUCAAAAAGAGGUAUUCAGCCUUGCUGGGCCUGUGGUGUCAAUGGCAGGACAUGGAGAACAGCUUUUCAUUGUUUAUCACAGAGGUACAGGAUUUGAUGGGGAUCAGUGCCUUGGAGUUCAACUACUAGAGCUGGGGAAAAAGAAAAAACAAAUUUUGCAUGGUGACCCUCUUCCUCUUUCAAGGAAAUCCUACCUUACAUGGAUUGGGUUUUCCGCUGAAGGUACCCCUUGUUACGUGGAUUCAGAAGGAAUCGUUCGAAUGCUUAACAGAGGACUUGGUAAUACAUGGACUCCUAUAUGUAAUACAAGAGAGCACUGCAAAGGAAAAUCUGAUCACUACUGGGUGGUUGGUAUCCAUGAAAAUCCCCAGCAACUAAGGUGCAUUCCUUGUAAAGGUUCUCGGUUUCCCCCAACCCUUCCACGCCCUGCUGUUGCUAUAUUAUCCUUUAAGCUUCCUUAUUGUCAGAUUGCAACAGAGAAAGGACAAAUGGAGGAGCAGUUUUGGCGUUCGGUUAUAUUUCACAACCACCUUGAUUAUUUAGCUAAAAAUGGUUAUGAAUACGAAGAGAGCACUAAAAAUCAAGCAACAAAAGAGCAACAGGAACUUUUAAUGAAAAUGCUUGCGCUUUCUUGUAAACUGGAGCGGGAAUUUCGUUGUGUGGAACUUGCUGAUCUAAUGACUCAAAAUGCUGUGAAUUUAGCCAUUAAAUAUGCUUCUCGCUCUCGGAAGUUAAUACUGGCUCAAAGACUUAGUGAACUGGCUGUAGAGAAGGCAGCUGAAUUGACAGCAACCCAGGUGGAAGAGGAAGAAGAAGAAGAUUUCAGAAGAAAGCUGAAUGCUGGUUAUAGUAAUACCGCUACAGAGUGGAGCCAGCCAAGGUUCAGAAAUCAAGUUGAACAAGAUGCCAAGGACAGUGGAGAAGCUAACGACAAAGAAAAACCCGAAAUACAUAAGCAUGGACAGAACUCGUUUCCCAAAAGUACAGAUUCUACUGAUGUUUCACCUAAGUCAGGUGCAGUUACCUUUAGCAGCCAAGGACGAGUAAAUCCCUUCAAGGUAUCGGCCACUUCCAAAGAACCAGCCAUGUCAAUGAAUUCGGCAUGUUCAACUAAUAUUUUAGAUAAUAUGGCCAAAUCAUCCAAGAAAGCCACUGCACUUAAUCGAACUACCAAUAAUGAAAAGUCUCCCAUUAUAAAGCCUCUGAUUCCAAAGCCAAAGCCUAAGCAGGCAUCUGCAGCAUCCUAUUUCCAGAAAAGAACUUCUCAACCUAACAAAACUGAGGAAGUGAAAGAAGAAAAUCCUAAAAAUGUAUUAUCUGAAACCCCAGCUAUAUGUCCUCAAAACACUGAAAACCAGAGGCCAAAGACUGGGUUCCAAAUGUGGCUGGAAGAAAACAGAAGAAAUAUUUUGUCUGACAAUCCUGACUUUUCAGAUGAAACAGACAUAAUAAAAGAAGGAAUGAUUCGUUUUAGAGUAUUGUCAACUGAAGAAAGAAAGGCCUGGGCUAACAAGGCCAGAGGAGAAAUGGCAAGUGACGGAGCUGAAGCAAAGAAGCGAAAACGUGUAGUUGAUGAAAGUGAUGAAACAGAAAACCGGGAAGAAAAAGCAAAAGAGAAUCUGGAUUUGCCUAAAAAACAGAAACCUUUAGAUUUUUCUGCAAAUCAGAAACUAUCAGCUUUUGCAUUUAAGCAGGAGUAAAGGAAGAAAUUGACCCUAGGAAAGUAGUGGAUUUUUUUACUCAUCUUUGUAUAUGGACUUGAGUCUUUGGGAUACUCAUUAUAUAUUUUUUUAAAGAGUUUGAAGCAACUGUUUGUCUUUAUAAGAUAAUGUAGUAGGCUGGGUGUGGUGGUUCACACCUGUAAUCCCAGCACUUUGGGAGGUUGAGUCAGGUGGAUCAUGAGGUCAAGAGAUCAAGACCAUCCUGGCCAACAUGGUGAAACCCCGCCUCUUCUAAAAAUACAAAAAAAUUAGCUGAGCAUGGUGGCAUGUGCCUGUAGUCCUAGCUACUUGGGAGGCCAAGGCAGGAGAAUCGCUUGAACCCAGGAGGCGGAGGCUGCAGUGAGCUGAGAUCGCACCACUGCACUCCAGCCUGGGCAACAGAGAAAAACUGUCUCAAAAAAUAAAGAUAAUGUAAUAAUUAUAUUGGUGUAGGAAACAGAACAUACAUAAAAACUAUCAUCUUUACAGAUUACCCUACCUCCAAAUGCAGGGCCAUUCAGAGAUGCAUUGUGUUAGCUGUCUGUUUAUAUAGUCUGGAUUUUUUUUUAUAUAAAUAAAACUUUUUCAUUUCUAUAUUUGGUUUAAUAUGGUUUUAACAUUGUCUUUCCAUGAAAUGGAUAUAUUUCUGGAAAAUAUAUGUUAUAUUUACUACCAUAAUUUCUACCACCAACCCCAUCUUGCUCUGCAUUAUAUACACAGUAGAGAAGAACUGAAGACACUGUCAUGGUAGUGUUGCAGUCCAGGGCAUCAUGUGCUCCUGGUGGGAUACUCCAGUUGUCAACAUCAGCAGUACUUUUCUGAGCAAAUUUUUGAAGGCUUGGUAAGACAGUAAAGUUACACAAAGUAUUUAACUCUUAUUUUGAACAAACAGGGUUUAAUCAUGUCAUACAUUUUUAAUUAUUCUAAACAGAGACUAAUACAAAUAUACAUAAAGGUAGUGUACUGGGGGUGGGAGGGGAAGAAACACAUAAAAUCAGCUGACUCAAAAUCGAGGAUAGUUAAUAGCUUUAAAGGGAAAGAGUAUGUUGAAAAUUACAGACAUAAAGGAGCAAAGAAUAUUCCUUAUCCCCUGAUGAUUAAGGUGAGGAAGACAUACAUUUCUGAUUUUUGAAUAGCUGAUAUUGGAGACAUAGCACAGUGGUUGUGAGCAGAUUCCAAAGCCAGACUACCUAGGUUCCAAGACCCACUUCUCUACCUACUAUUAAUAGUUGGGUCAUGUUGGGCCAGUGACCCAAAUUCUAGCCUUUGUUCACUCGUCUGUAAAAUGGGUAUAAAGAUAGUACCUACUUUAUAGGAAUGUUAUGAGAAUUAAAUGAAAUGAAGCAUUAGUUUCUGACAGUAAUCUUUUAUAUAAAUGUUACUAUUACGAUGAUGCUGUUGUUUAUUUCAUCUGGCUUUGUCAUUAGGUUUGAUUCUGAAUACUAUAUGAACUAAUUUGUAUUUCAAGAUCUUAAGUAAAGUUUUAUUUAUAAUACUUUGGAAAGCAUGUUUAUAGACAUGUAUUUUGUUUUUGGUUCCUCAACUUGCUUUGCAUAUAGUUUAUAAUACUAGGUUGGUACAAAAAUAAAUGCAGUUUUGCCAUUUCAGUGGCAAAAACCGUAAUUACUUUUGUGCCAACCUAAUGCUUAAGGAUAUAAUGUGUGAGUGUUUCAGAUUCAUAGCAACCUGAUAAUACCAAGGAUUUACAAAAGGGUUUUUAAUUCCCUAUUUUUAUUUGCCUGAAGGAAGGUUUUUGUAUUGACUUGGUUCAACUUACAAAUCAGAACUUUGAAACCAAGAAACGUUUUCCUUAUUUCUUUGCUAUAUAAUAGUAAACCUGUUUUUUCCAUUGUUUUUUCCAGCGAAUUGGGACUUGAUAGUAGGAAAGUAGAAAUGGAAUAAAUUAAUAUAUUAAUCAUCAUCAUAUCAAUAAUUAUUGCCUGUUUGAGCUUAUUGUAUACUAUAGAAAACUGACAUAUACUUAAUUUUAUUCUCCAAAAGCAAAAACUUCUCAGAGGUUUCUUUACAGAUUUACACUCAUUAGAAGGGCGUCCUCUGAUUAUUUCAGAGAGCAAGUGAGUAGGCCUGGGGUUAUGUGCAACUCUGGGGACUCUGCUGUGAUCUAUAGCCUCUCAUAUCUGUGCAGCAGCCUAGGGUGAGUCACCGUCACUAACGUGUCAGGUAGUCCCUUUGGACAAAAGCAUGAGACCCAUCCAUGUAGAAAGCAUCUUAAUUGGUGAUUAUUUGUCUUAUGAGCCCUCUUUGUUUCCUGUCUGUUUUAUUAUCGAAAUAUAUAAUUUUACCCCAGGUUUUCAUCUUGGAUCUCUCAAACCUACAGAAAAUCUGAAAUUUUACAGUAAACACCCAUAUAUCCUUCCUCUAAUUUUUCUUAUUGACAUUUUACCAUGUAUGCUUUAUAGAUAGGAUUUUUCCUGAACUGUUUGAAAUAUGCAUAUACUGCAUCCCUCAGUACCCAGGAGAUAGUCUAAGAACAAAGAUUUUCUUCUGCAUAA